UUGAUCGCCGGAUAUCUUUGCUAGAGUAUCUUUUACUCUAUAAGUACCUUGAGUUGACAACUUUAGACCUCCCUACCAGCGCGCCUGCCAUGUUUCUGAGAACGCUUAUCCCAGUCGGAAUUGCAUUAUUAGCUGGCGUAUGCAUUGCUCACACUGUGUCUGUUAAUCUCGACACUACAGAAGCAGGGUUCAUCGACACUCAGUCCAAGGCUAAUCCAUCUGUGAUUCGCUAUGUUAAAAACUCGGAAAUCUGCGAAACAGUUCCAAACGUUACGCGGAUUUCAGGGUACGUCGACGUUGGGACGAACAUGUCCAUGUGGUUCUGGUUCUUUGAGUCUAGAAACUCACUCGAAACAGCCCCAUUUACUCUAUGGUUGAAUGGUGGUCCUGGAUGUUCUUCUAUGAUCGGAUUGUUUCAAGAGAACGGGCCAUGUUUAGUGAAUGCCGACCGCAAUUCGACCACUCUAAACCCCUACAGUUGGAAUAAUCUCAGCAACAUGAUCUAUAUCGACCAGCCAAUUGGGACCGGAUUCUCCUAUGGUAAUACUGAUACGGUGAAUAGCACCGAAACCGCUGCAUCCUAUGUAUGGACUGCAUUCCAGGUUUUAUUUGAGAGCCAGCUAUUUUCGAAGUAUGCCAGUCGAGAAUUCAUCUUUGCCACAGAAAGCUACGGCGGUCACUAUGGACCCAGUUUUGUGACCUACUUCGAAGAGCAAAAUAGGUUAAUCGCUAGUGGGGGAUCGAUGCCAUUCCAAUUGUGGUUAAAGCUCUGAUGAUUAACAAGUAUGUUGCUCUCGUGAUUUUUCGGGUGUUGAAUGAACACUCGCAGUGGCUGGUUUGAUCCGCUCAUUCAGAACAUCGCAUGGCUGAACUUUGCGACCCAUGCUCUGUUGGAGUCCGAGGCCGAAAGAUCCGAGUCGA